UGUGCACAACAGAUUCAUAGUCUUCGGGCCGGCAUCACUUUGGAAAAAGCAGCUCUCUCGCUGCAGCGAGAGGAUACACGAAGUCGGACAUGUUCUUCUAAGGACGUCUCCACCGCCUCCCAAGCUAGCGCGUUCCCACGCGACUUCUCCGCUUGUGUGCAGAUCUCUUGUGACAUUGUUGGCAAGAGUGUGCCCAAUGCUGUACAGCCGGGCUCAAGGGAGAAGAAACGGUAA